UUGUAAAUAUAGGAGAACAUUAAAAGUGCUUUUGUGUAUUGAAAACUUAUAUCUUCAAACUUUAGGUGUUUACUGAAGUGCAAAAGUGUACAAAUUGCAAAAAUAAACACUCAUAUUUUGUGGUUAUGUUGCCGAAUUUAGACUUGGACGGAUGACAGUAUGUCAGCAUAGCUUGUCUAUUUCUAUGGUAUCUAAAUUUUUAGCAGAAUUAUUACGAAAUAGGGUUCAUUUUCUUCGGACUGCGAUACAGCAUUUGUUAAAUUAUUCCUACAGAUUGUUGAAUAAUCUUCUUUAAAUAUUAAAAUUUUUAAGUUUUUGUUAAUUAAAAAGCAGCCGUUAUGUCAGCUGACAUUUUAUAAAAUGGCCGAAAUAUAAACAGAUGAUAUAGACAUUUUUAUAUAAUUUGGACACGGUUUUUAUUAUUUUAAUAAUUAAGAAAUGGAGGAAGAACAUUGUCAAUUCUUUGUAAUAAGAAAAAAGCGCUACUGUCGAAUGACAGUAAAAAAAGGGAAUAAAUUUUGCGGAGAACAUCAGCAGAAUCAAUCUAAUAUGAAGGAAGAGGUGCAAGCUAAAAAAAGGAGGAUAACUUGUCCUUUGGAUUCAACUCACACUUGUUAUGAGGCCAAGCUAGCGAAACAUUUGAAGGUUUGCAAUGCAAAGACGGACGAUAAUUCUUUGCCUCCUUAUAUUGUUCAAGGAAUUAAUUUGGGGGAUGUUUCUUUGAAACAACCAACGCAUGUUCGACUUUCCUUAAUUAGUCAAUCAACAGUGGAUGCUGUGAUAAAUAAAAUUAAUUCUGCCUUUGAGCGUUUACCAGUGACUCCAGAAUUAAUUUUAAGUCACGAAGUACUUGAAGAGGAAUUGAAGAAUCCUAUUUAUGGAAAUACGGCGAAGAAACAUUUAUUUCAAAAUGCUUCUUUGCUGGCUCAUUUAGAAAAUUCUAAGCUCAUUCGAGAUAAUACUUGUUUUAUUGAGUUUGGUGCUGGAAAAGGUAAAUUGACAUAUUGGUUGGCUCAGGCAAUAAAAAAACAGAGUGGAUCGUCUCUUUUACUGAUCGAUCGCUCAAGUCACAGGCAUAAAAGAGAUAAUAAAUUAAAGAAUGAAGGCAACCCUCUGAAUGUGAAGCGAAUACGAGCAGACAUUGCGGACUUGAAAUUAAAUAAUGUGGAAGAAAUCGGAAAUCUUGCAGUUGUUGGUGUAGCUAAACAUCUUUGUGGAUGUGCAACAGAUUUGACUUUAAGAUGUUUAGUAUCAGCGAAAGAAGACGACCCGAGUUGCAAAAUAAAUGGACUCAUUAUCGCAUUUUGUUGCCACCAUCGCUGUGAAUAUUCUUCUUACGUUGGCAAAAAUUAUUUGGAAUCUUGCGGUUUCACUUCUGAUGAAUUCCCGAUUCUGUGUAGUAUCGCUAGUUGGGCAACUUGUGGUUUUGAAAAAUCUGCAAAAUUUAACAAAGAAGAGUCUGUCGAAAAAAAAGAACAUAUAGCAAAUGAUACUCGAAGUUUCAAGGAACGGGAAGAAAUGGGAAGAAGGGUGAAAAUGUUAUUGAACUGGGGUCGCUUACAGUUCUUGAAAACCGCAGGAUUUGAUUGUCGGCUGGUUCAUUACACAUCAGUGGAUAUUUCUUUAGAAAAUGUUUGCAUCAUAGCUGAAAUACGCAAAGAAAAUAAUUAAGUAUAAAAUGUCCGUUUUAGAAGACCGCAUUGCUUACAAAGAGUAUAAUCCUGGACCGUAUCUAUUUGGUGAUUUUACUCCAUUUUACGUAACAAUCACUAUCU